GGCUUACAAGUUUUGUUACCAGGUAUUACAGAGAUGUCUUAGCCAUUAUAUUUGCAAUAGAGGAGAUUAAUCAAGAUAUUCAACUUCUGCCAAAUCACACCCUGGGGUUCAGUAUCUUUGAUUCUUGUGUAUCAGAGGCCAGAGCCAUUCAGGCAACCUUGAUGCUUCUCUGGAAGGAGACAGAAUAUUCUGAGUCUAUUCAAAGUAUGAAGGAUCCAUUCUUGGCUGGGAUUGUAGGAGACUCUAUGUCAACAUUAUCCAUCCCUAUUGCCAGAUUACUUGGUCCAUGCCAUUACCCACAGGUUUACCGUUAUCUGAAGAGGAUUUCCUUCACAACCCACUCAGGCUCUGAAAUAUACUUUAAUGCUGAUGGUGAAGUUCCAGCCACAUUCGAUAUAAUGAAUCUUCAGAUAUUUCCUAAUAAUGAGUACAGAUUGGUGAAGGUGGGGAGAUAUGAUUCUUGGGCCGGGAGAAAUGAACAAAUCUCUUUAGAUAUUGGGGCUGUCAUCUGGAACCAGGAAUAUAAGGAGUUUCCACGUUCAGUUUGCAGUGAAAGUUGUCAACCUGGAAACCGGAAAGUCUCCAUACAAGGCCGCCCUGUGUGCUGCUUCCAGUGCGUUCUAUGCUCACUCGGAGAAAUGAGCAGUGAAGCUGAUGCAGAUAUAUGCACAAAAUGCCCAGAAGACAUGUGGCCCAAUGAGAAGCAUAACGAUUGUCUUAUGAAGUCGGUCCAGUUUCUGGCCUAUGAAGAUAUUAUUGGGAUUGCCUUGGCAAUUACUUCCAUCUUCUUGUCUCUUAUAACCUUAUCCGUUUUAUGCAUCUUUAGAAAAUUCUCAGACACACCGGUAGUGAAAGCCAACAACCAAGGCAUCAGCUACCUCAUCCUUGUGGGACUCCUUGUGUGUUUCCUCUCCUCACUUGUUUUCAUUGGCUAUCCCUUGGAGGUCAUCUGCAUCCUUCGUCAAGUAGUGUUUGGUGUAUCCUUUUCGGUUGUUGUCUCAGGGCUGCUGUCCAAGACAAUCACAGUGAUCCUCAUAUUCCAAUCCACUAAACCCAACUCGAUUGGAAAACACUUUUACGCCAGGAUCUCAAAGACCACCAUAUUUAUCUGUCCUCUGUUCCAGGUCAUCAUCUGCAUUGUUUGGCUUGGGACAUCUCCUCCUUAUGCAGAAUUAAACAUGACAUCUAAACCUGAUAUAAUAAUUGCAGAAUGUAAUGAGGGAUCCAAUCUAUUCUUUUACUGCAUGUUGGGUUAUAUUGGACUUUUAGCAACUAUAAGCUUCAUUGUGGCUUUUUUAUCUAGGAAUCUCCCAGAUAGCUUCAAUGAAGGCCAGUACAUCACUUUUAGUAUGUUUGUAUUCCUCAGUGUUUGGAUAUGUUUUAUUCCCACAUACAUGAGUGCUGAAGGAAAGAAUCUGGUCAUAGUCGAAGUGUUUGCCAUUAUAGCUUCCUGCACUGGUCUGUUGGCUUGUCUGUUUUUUCCUAAAUGUUAUAUCAUCCUGUUCAGACCAGAAAUGAACACAAAACAAUACAUCAGGGGAAAGCAAUAG